AUGUCGUCUGCCAGUGAGCUGUGUACGAUCCUGACCAACGCUAACAUGACCAUGUACCAGACUGGGAGCUCAGAGCCCCUGCAGCCGCUGCAGCCCAGCCUCACCACCGUGUCUCUGCCCGCCAUAGGAGACCUGCUGCAACUCUCAGACCUUUCCUCAUGCAGUUCCAUUAUACUGGGUGAGAACACUUAUUAAUACUUUUUUUAAACGUUUAUUUGUAUUAUUACGUUUUUUUGGACAGGGACAGUGUACACAAAAAACAUCGGCCUCAAUAUACUGAGAAAUUAUGCGUUGCACCAGAUUUAGCUAAAAACGAAUUUCCAUCUGCAGUCACCUGGACCCUAUAGGCGGCUUAUACCAAUGCCUCUUCAUAAUAACUGAACGCACCCAGAAGAUGAUACAACUAUGAUAUCUAUUGAAGGAAGAAACAAUAGACUCAAACUGAAUACUGAUAGAAAAGGAUGAUGUGUAACUCCUGAGUGGCGCAGCGGUCUAAGGCACUGCAUCUCAGUGCUAGAGGCGUCACUACAGACCCUGAUUCGAUUCCAGGCUGUAUCACAAUCCAGCCGUGAUUGGGAGUCCCAUAGGGUGGUGCACAAUUGGCCCAGCGUCGUCCGGGUUUGGCCGGUGUAGGCCAUCAUUGUAAAUAAGAAUUUGUUCUUAACUGACUUGCCUAGUUAAAUAAAGGAAGAAAUUAAAACUUUCUCUGCUUUGUUUUCAGCAUGUGGGAUAUUUUAGUCCCUGAUAUAUACUUUUGUGUUGAUCACCUGGGAAACCACCGUAUGGAUGUGUGUAAUCUUUUCUGUGCCAAUCUUUAUUCAGUCAUGAGUUUUGGCGGUUGUUUGGUUUUGGUUGCUGUGCUGGCAGGUGAAGUCUGUGGAUAUUUAAAAUGUCUCACCCUGGAUAGAUCUAUUGGCUGAGCUUGUUGGCAGACACUCAGUCAAAGCACACAUUAAACAUACUGUAUGUCCUUAAGCGAAACUAUCAGACAGACAGGGAAUUGGCUGAACUUUGCAAUGACCUAAUUUAGAAGGCUGUUAAAUCAUUAACCGGGACAAUGUUUAACUUGUCUUUAAUAGAGGAAUGCUAUCUUUUCAUCUUUCAGACUCCUCUAGCUUUAUGUUACUUGCUGUAGCCUAUAGUUAGUGAUAAGUGGUGACUAGACAGAACGUCAGCUCACCUGUUUAGGUAGUUGAAGAGUUAAACGACGCGCAGCAGAGAAACUAGAGCCAGGCAUUCUGACUCGGCGAAACCACAAAAUCUGGUUUUCACAGGUCCAGAUCAGUAUCUGGGUCCUUGUGUGAGUUGGCAUUUAGUUGGAAAAUAUGAGUUAGUCAGUAUCUUGUGGGUCGAUAGAUUGACAAAGGUUUUAUAUUUUAAAAGCUCAUGUUCUAUAAUAGUUAUGACUGAAAACACAUUGUGUAAUGUAUAAUUACUAUCUAUCCAGAUGUAAUGUAUAUCAAAUUACUUUAUUCUUGCUAUGUAUCUAUAGUGAAAAGUGGCAUGUAUGUAAAAUGUGUGUAGAAUGUACAAAUGAAAAAGCUAUAAAAAAAGAUUGUUUAAUCUCCAAAGAGGGAUAGUGAUUUUACAAUGACAGUAUCAUGUCUCACCCACAUGAACACACACAAACACACACACACACACACACACACUGCACAAAUCUAACACCCCCUCCACCUCUGUGUCCUCCUCUAGCUCAAUGGUAUGACCUGAACCCUCAGUACUGGAGCAAGCAGAACGUGUUGGAGUGGAUCAGUUUUCACGUGGAACGCUGUAAGUUUGAUGCCAGCACACUGAGCCUGUCCUACUGCUCCAUUGAUGGACCUACACUCUGCCAACUGACCAGAGAUCAGCUGUUAAACAUGUUUGGAAUGUCCCUCGGGACUCAGCUCUACCAGAGCCUGUUGGAACUCAAGGCCAAAUACGGUAAGGAUCUGAUGGAAGUGAAUUGAAUAAACUUUAUUGAUGAUCAUCAAAGGGGGGAACUUAGAUUUACCUCAGGGAGCAGACACAGACAUAUUAGUAAUUUUAUUUAGACAAUUUAUUCGUCAAUAGAGUAAUGAUUCAGUCAUUCAAUUUAUUUUUGUGUUUUGUCAUUUCUGUUCCAGAUCUGAACGAGACCUGUAAGCUUCUGGACAACUUCCUUGAGGAGUUCCCAGACUUCCCUCUGCUCAGCACAGUAGAAGUGAACGAAGGUAAACACAUCCUCUCGUAAUUUCUUCACACUUCCUACUACCAGACUGCCACGCCAAAGCCUCAAGUGUCAAAGGGACACAUUUGCUGACUGACAUUGUGAUGUUACUGUUACAGUUGUGACAGACACCAGCUAUACUGACUUCUCACACAUCUUCAAGAACUUCGAUAACAUGAAGCCGCUCAGCGAUAAUGGAUAUGAGUCCGACAGCAUGCACAGCUCCUCAUCAGGUGAGUGCUGUCCCACUUUCCUAUUCUUCUCCUUCAUCAUCCCUCCUCUCAUCACUCCUCUCAUCCCCCAAUUCUUCUCACAUCACUCGAUCAUGGUGUGAUUGGUUUGGCCUGUAUCACUGAGCCCAAGGCCUUAUUAAUCGAUCAAGGCAGGAUGAAGGAGAGGCCGUAUUGAAAGUGUUUUCCUUCCUCUCUCCCUGCCUCCAGGGGGAAUGCUCAGCUUCCAGAUCCCCAGCUCUCCAGAAUCCAGGAGCAGUGAGUCCGACCCAGAGUUCUCCUACCCUCAGAUAGCAAGUGAGUACAACUUUUCAUAAGUGGACAUCACAUUCUUGAACUUCAGAUGGGUGAGCCUUGAAAGUGCAUGUCUCUUUGAAAGCCAGUCUGGCGUUCUAAACUCCUGAACCGUUGUGUUUGACAGAAGGGCACAUAAAGACAGAGAGGGGAGAGACGAAGAAGAGAGGCAGAGGAAGACCUCCCAAACUCAGCCGAGACCACAAACACUUCUACCAGACCUCCACAAAGAGCAAACAUGGUGAGUGGCUCUUCUCAUUCUAACACACACACACACACACACACACACAUGCACACACAUGCACACACGCACGCACACACGCAUACACCAAUGUCAACAACUGUUUUCAAUGGUGCUCUGUAGAAGCACGGUUUUAUCAGUCAUGUGAUUUGCAUACAUUUUUGCAUCUGGUACUGAAAACAGCCACAGUCAAAACAUCACAGGUGCAUAGUCCAAUAACCACACACGCAUGCACACACACACGAAUGCACACACACAAACACAAGCACACCUGCUCUACCUCAUCCUUGCUUGCUUAAGCACACACACACGCACACCUGCGCUGUCUUACACACACCUAACGCUACCUCUCCCCUGUCGCCCUAUAGCACCUCGUGGGACCCACCUGUGGGAGUUCAUUAGGGACAUCCUGAUCCACCCAGAGCAGAACCAGAACCAGGCUCUGAUGAAGUGGGAGGACCGCCGUGAGGGCGUCUUCAAGUUCCUCAAGUCUGAGGCUGUGGCCCAGCUGUGGGGGCAGAAGAAGAAGAACAGCAGCAUGACCUAUGAGAAGCUCAGCCGCGCCAUGAGGUAGGAAACCAUGGUGAUAUAGUAGCACCUUCAUGCCAACUAGCCAUGGAAAUCCUAGCAACCAAGCUAAACAGAGCUAAUCAGUGAGGGUGAAGUCAGAGGAUUUGUUUUUGUGUCGACAAUGAUUAACAAUUGCCUGGUCAUAAGACUAACCUGUGGCUCUCCUUCCUCCCUCCCUGCUAUAGAUACUACUACAAGAGAGAGAUCCUGGAUAGAGUGGACGGUAGACGGCUGGUCUAUAAGUUUGGGAAGAACUCCACCGGCUGGAAGGUGGAAGAGACCGAGCUGCAUGGCAUGUGAGAUACAAGGCAGGAGACAGGAAAGGUAGAGACCAACGGCCAAGAGGGACGAGGGUAUAAACUGGACAGACCAGUUCCCCUCAGUCCUAUUGUAGAUAGGAUGACCCACUCUCUGGAUGACAGCCCUACUCUACCUGAAAUAAUAUAAAGACACUUACUUCUCUUCUUCCAGGGGAGGUGUUGCAGAAAAUGUAAGCCAGUGUUUUUGGCUCUAGUAGGUUUUAUGAACCGAUAUAGUUAUUGUACAGUAAUAAUGUGUAAUAUGGACACCGCUCUGGGCCUACCAGUGAGUAGGUAUGAUGGUGUGUCUGUUUGUUUGUUUUCAGUUAUAUUCUCUCUAGGAUAGAUAAUAGUGGUCCUGUAUGACUGCAUGGUCUUGUACGGCUCUCUUGGUAGAGUAUGGCGCUUGCAACACCAGGAAAGUGGGUUCAAUUCCCAGGACCACCCAUAUGUAAAAUGUAUGACUGUAAGUCGCUUUGUAUAAAAGCAUCUGCUAAAUAGCAUAUAUUAUAACAAUAAAGGCAUUAAUGUUUGCAUGUAUAUAAGCACCUCACAUUGUGUGGGAGUAACUUACCUUAUGUGUCACUAUGACAACCAUAUGGGCAUUAUGAUUUUUACUGUGGCAAUGUAAGCACUGGGUAUUAUAU